AUGUACACAGCUUCAGUCACUGCUCCAGUUAAUAUCGCUACCCUUAAAUACUGGGGGAAACGUGAUAAAAACUUAAACUUGCCAACCAACUCCUCGAUUUCAGUCACACUUUCCCAAGAUGAUUUGAGAACUUUAACUACAGCCGCCGCUGAUGAAACUUUUGAAAAAGAUCAAUUAUGGCUCAAUGGUAAAUUGGAAUCCUUGGAUACCCCAAGAACUCAAGCAUGUUUGGCUGAUUUAAGACAAUUGAGACAAAACGUCGAAUCCACCAACUCAAGUUUACCAAAAUUAUCCCAAAUGAAAUUACACAUUGUCUCUGAAAACAACUUCCCAACUGCUGCUGGUUUGGCCUCUUCAGCUGCUGGAUUUGCUGCGUUGAUCACUGCCAUUGCCAAGUUGUUUGAAUUACCACAAGACAUGUCUGAAUUGUCCAAGAUUGCUCGUAAAGGUUCUGGGUCUGCUUGUAGAUCCCUCUUUGGUGGAUUUGUUGCUUGGGAAAUGGGUCAAGCCGCUGAUGGUGAAGAUUCCAAAGCCGUUGAAGUUGCUCCUUUGGACCACUGGCCAAGUAUGAGAGCUGUUAUUUUGGUUGUUAGUGAUGACAAAAAGGAUACUCCAAGUACUACCGGUAUGCAAGCUACCGUGCAAACCUCUGACUUAUUUGCCCACCGUAUCACCGAAGUUGUUCCAAAACGUUUUGAAGAAAUGAAAAAAUCCAUUGUUGAAAAAGAUUUCCCUAAAUUUGCCGAAUUAACCAUGAAGGAUUCAAACUCCUUCCAUGCCGUCUGUUUAGACUCUUACCCACCAAUCUUUUACCUCAACGAUACUUCCAAGAGAAUCAUCAAAUUGGUUGAAGGCAUCAACAAGGAAUCAACCAUUGCUGCUUACACAUUUGACGCUGGUCCAAACGCCGUCAUCUACUACGACGCUGCUAAUGAAGAUAAAGUCUUGAGCGAACUCUACAAGUCAUUUGGUCAUGUUCAAGGAUGGAAGAAAACCUACAAUGCCGAAACCCCAAUUCAAGGUGUUUCUCGUAUUAUUCAAACAUCUAUUGGCCAAGGACCACAAGUUACAAAAGAGUCAUUAAUCAACACCGAAACUGGGUUACCAAACUAA